AAGCGCCACCGCCGCCGCCUCCGCUCUGGCUCCUGGACUGUGUGGGGCCACAGCCGCGGGCUGAAGGCUCCCUUGGGUACCCCAUCGACGCCCGGCCCGCCGGCUUCGCCCAGAUCCGGCUCCUCAUGACUGCCUUCGGCCCCGAAGCCCACGGACAUCGCCCCAGCUCCAAGAAUUAACACGGAAGCUUCUGGGGCCGGGGCCGUGAGGGAGAGCCGGCCGGUCCCGCGUCCCUGUCGGUCCGGCGCGGCUCUUCGGCCGGAGCCAUGACCUCGCUGACCCAGCGGAGCUCGGGCCUGGUGCAGCGGCGCACCGAGGCCUCACGGAACGCUGCCGACAAGGAGCGGGCUGCGGGCGGCGGCGGCGGCGAGGACGAGGCGCAGAGCCGCCGCGACGAGCAGGACGACGACGACAAGGGCGACUCCAAGGAAACGCGGCUGACCCUGAUGGAGGAGGUGCUCCUGCUGGGCCUCAAGGACCGAGAGGGUUACACAUCAUUUUGGAAUGACUGUAUAUCAUCUGGAUUACGUGGCUGUAUGUUAAUUGAAUUAGCUUUGAGAGGAAGGUUACAGUUAGAGGCUUGUGGAAUGAGAAGAAAAAGUCUUUUAACAAGAAAGGUGAUCUGUAAAUCGGAUGCUCCAACAGGGGAUGUUCUUCUUGAUGAAGCCCUAAAGCAUGUUAAGGAGACUCAGCCUCCAGAGACAGUCCAGAACUGGAUUGAGUUACUUAGUGGUGAGACGUGGAAUCCAUUAAAAUUGCAUUAUCAGUUAAGAAAUGUACGUGAACGAUUAGCUAAAAACCUGGUAGAAAAGGGUGUACUGACGACAGAGAAACAGAACUUCCUCCUGUUUGACAUGACGACACAUCCUCUCACCAAUAACAACAUUAAGCAGCGCCUCAUCAAGAAGGUCCAGGAGGCUGUUCUUGACAAAUGGGUCAAUGACCCUCACCGAAUGGACAAGCGCUUGCUGGCCCUCAUUUACCUAGCCCAUGCCUCGGAUGUUUUGGAAAACGCUUUUGCUCCUCUUCUGGACGAGCAGUAUGAUUUAGCCACCAAGAGAGUACGGCAGCUUCUCGACUUAGACCCAGAAGUGGAGUGUCUGAAGGCCAACACCAGUGAAGUUCUCUGGGCUGUGGUAGCUGCGUUUACCAAGUAACUGUCAGAAUGCAAUACUUCCUUUUUCUCAUGUGAACCAGUAGUUUUUCUUCUAUUGACUCUGGUUUUCUGCAGUUUGUACUUUCCCACACUAAUAAUUGGCUUUUGUUCUACAAAAAUGGUGGGUGGCUAUUUCUUUUUGUAUGUACGCAGGGUUCUGCUGGUACGAGAGGCCUUCCUCUUUCUGUUUGUAACCAACCUUAUUGCCAUAUUGGCGUUCCAUUCCCUAUUGCCAUUCUCACUGUUCCUGUGUUGGGUUUCUGGUGUACUUUGACUUUCAGAGUACCUCCAGUCACCCACCUCAUGCACAGCGUUUGGAUUACCUCAGCCUGAGUUUUCCCACAUGUGCUUACUCACCUGGCCUUCUGCCUACAGUUCAGAUAAGUCACAACAAGGCCUUCAACUCACCAAAGGUAAAUAUCUGUAUCUAUUAGGACAUUUUAUACACAGACCUCAGUUGAGAUGUAUACUUAGCAAAAUUAUUUUUAAAUUGAAACAGCACAGUAAAUACAUAAUAUAAAAUGCCCCUUGAAUUUUUGCUUCCUAUGUAAAUCUGUUGUAUGAUUACAGUUGUUAUAAUUUUAGCUAUUAAAUCAUAAAGGUCCAAUUGUUUCACAAAGCCAGUUUGGGAUGGGCUGCAUUCCACUUAUGCUGUAUAUAGUUUGAAUUAUAUAUGAAUCGCCCCUUCUUCUGGCCACCUCUGCUUCAUUUUAGUAUUUUGAAAAUUUUAAUUGUGCAUCUGGUGCCCCUCCCUUGCUUCAUUCAUUGUUAUUUGAUGGCAAAAUAGACCUCUCAUCACUGAAGGAGAGAGAAGAUGUGUGGCCCUUUCAGGGCUCGUUGUGAGCUGUGCCCCUCAUAGUGCAUCUCUUUUGGGACUUUUUUUUUUCCUUCACUUUUCCUGUUUUUAUGAAUUCUGUAGGAAAGAGGCUUGUGACCAGUACUAAUCUUGAGUGCAGUUUUUUUGUUUUGUUUUCCACUUUUUUGUCCUCAAGUAAAUUAAUGUCUGCUCUGAAAUAGCAUUUAUCUACUUAUCUUUUCUUGGGGAAAAGAAAAUUGGAUAUCAGUCCUAGCAGAUGUUGCAUGUAAAUUGGUAGCAAGUAACUACUACAGCUCAAGACGAUUAAGAAUUUUGUAACAGAAAGCUCUGCUGUGUUUUAAUUUUUAUAUACAAUUAUGAUCAUUAGCACACCAUAAGACUACAAACCUCUGCUUUUUAAUGUUGAUUUUAUUCAUUAUCACUGUUUAUUUACUAUUGGUUUCAUAAUGUAAAUACUAUACAUUGAACAAAUUAAAUGUCAAAAAAUUUUUAUUACUAUAGUUCAUGUUGAUAGUGGGGCUUUCAGGUGUCUAGAAACUUUUGGUUAACAUUUGAUGCAAAAAUACUAGAUGCGGAUAACUUUAGAGUUGAGUUUUAAGGGACUCCCUAAUAUGUAUACUAUCUUUUUAUCUGGAGUAAUAAAUAAAUAAACUAUGAUCUUGAAAGUGCCUGAAUCAGA